AUGUCUAAGCCUCGCGCGGCAGACGGUGUGACCCUUGGGUGGGUCGACGGUAAAGCACCACCCACUACUCCGGUAGGAACUUCGUUUGGAGUUCCAUGGGCGCAGGGGGAGAUUGAUAAAACAACUUCCAUCUCUGCAACCUCCCACGACAAGAGUAUUUCACUUCAGACUUGGCCAAUGGCAUAUUGGCCAGACGGUAGCCUGAAGUGGACUGGACACAGUCUUGCGGCUGACAGCGGACUUUCUGACUCUCUGACUCUUGCUUUGGGCACGCCUGAAGAACCAUCAUCACCGGUUUCCGUUUCUCAAACCGAUUCAAAAAUCACCAUAUCUAAUGGAUUAAUUUCUGCUUCUUUCGACACUUCGGGUUCCACACCAAUCAGUUCGUUGAGCCUAGCUGGGUCAGCACCCGCGCAAACUGGAUCGCUUCUCGACGGGAAUCUUGUCCUUCUCCUCCAAGACGGCCCAGAUGAACCGGAAGUUGCUGGAGACAAAUCGUCUGUCUCCUCCCUGCUCGGCAAUAUCACAACAGCAGUUGUGGAGCAGAAUGGGCCUGUUCGAGCGGUGAUCAAAAUGACUGGAAAGUACACGGGUGCUGGCCACGUGGAUUUUCUCCCUUUCAUUCUGCGUUUCUACAUUUCGGCAGGCUCUACCGCGCUUCGCAUUGUUCAUUUCUUUAUUUACGACGGAGACCAGACCAAAGAUUUCAUCAAAGGCUUGGGUUUUCAGUUCGAAACACCUCUUGUCGACCUUGUCCACGAUAGACACAUCAGAUUUGUCACAGACGAUGGCGGCAUUUGGGGUGAACCAGUCAGAGUGGUCUCGGGCCUCCGUCGCGACGCUACUGCUGCUGUCUUGACGCCUCAAUUUGAAGGCCAGCUCACUCCCCCUCUGUCCACGUGGCCCACCAAUGUCUCAAGUGAGAUUGAUCAACUCCCAAUCUGGCAAGACUUCACAUUGGACCAGCUGUCGCCGUCUCAUUUCACGAUAUCGAAGAGGUCGACUGGUGGUCGUUCGUCCUCAUUUUUAACAAACGCUGGCUUUGGUACUCACGCGUCGGGUCUGGGAUAUAUUGGUGGUGCAAAAGGCGGGGGAGUUGUGUUUGCUCUCAAAGACUUCUGGCAGGGAGCUCCCCGUGGGGUCGACAUUCGUAACGCUGGGUCGAAUACUGCCACCACGACAAUGUGGGCUUAUUCUCCUCGGGCACCCGCCAACGAUAUGCGUCACUACGAUAUAGUAGCUCAUGGGUUGGACCUUACGUAUGAAGAUGUUGGUGAUCCUGACCCGACGCCCAUUGGAAUUGGUCGCUCUUAUGAAAUGACCCUUCAAGUUGUUCCAACGACACCUUCCAGAUCUUCCUUGGUUGCAUCUAGCUCUGUUCAUACAACAACACCCCAAAUAGUCGCUAGUCCGACAUUUUACGCGUCCCACAAGUUGUUUGGUGGCCGUUGGAACGUUCCAGACACUUCAACAAGUGGUGCUAUUGCUCUAGAAAAGCGGUGGAGUGAUUUGCUUGACUUUUAUGUCAAAGAGGUUUCUCAGCGACAGUUCUAUGGCUUUUGGGACUUUGGCGAUGUUAUGCACACGUACGAUCAGACCAGGCAUACAUGGCGUUAUGAUGUCGGAGGUUAUGCCUGGGAUAACGGCGAAAUUGCAACGGAUUUGUGGCUGUGGAUGAGCUUUAUGCGUACUGGGCGUGCGGAUAUAUUUCGGAUGGCAUCUAACAUGACCCGCCACAUCUCUGAAGUGGACACACACCAUACUGGUCCCUUUGCUGGCCUGGGCUCUCGCAAUUUGCUGACCAACUAUCAAGGCCAUAAUGUCAACCAUUGGGGUGAUGGUGCAAAGGAAGCUCGUGUCGCUGGCAGCACUCUCCGGCGGCCUUUAUACUAUUUAACAACUGACGAACUGAUUGGUGAUAUUAUGGACUUCAGUCUCCAAGCUGGCAACACGAUCAUGACCUGGGACCCUCUCAGGAAGGUAUUUCCUCCCCCAGACCCUGCAGGACCGGGGCGUCUUCGAAUUGGGCCCGACUGGACUACGUUGGCCGGCAACUGGUUCACUAAGUGGGAGCGGACUAAUGAUCCUCAAUGGCUAAAUCUUAUCAAAACCGGCAUGAAUGAUAUUGGCAGCUUCAAAUACGGCUUAUUCACUGGCAAUGGCGCCGCUGUAGGCUGGAAUGCUGCCACUUCGCAUCUCGUUGACGAAGGUGGCGAAGGGCAAGGCUCGUAUAACUUGAUGAUGGUAUUUGGUGGCGGCGAAUUUCUUAUGGAGGCAAUGGAUAUCAUCACCGACCAGCCAGAAUUCGAUGCUGCUUGGCUUGACUUUUGCAAACUUGCCAAUGGCACCUCUGCACAGAUCCAAGCUCGUUACGGAAAAUCGUUCUCAACUGGUGUCUUCACCUACUGGUAUGCUAAACUACAAGCAUAUGCUGGCGAACGCCUCAACGAUGCUUCUCUCAAACAAGCGGCGUGGAACUUCAUCAACAAAAACACAAUCGGUGUCUGGCCAGGUGUCACCACCGUUGGCGGGAGUGCCGUUGUGAAUCCAGUAAACGAGAUCGCCAACCUUGCGACGAACGAUGCGGCGGGACUUUCUCUGACAGAAUACGCUGUUCUUGCCAUAGCGCCCGAGUUGGCACCGAAUAACUUACGACCGUCAGACUCUGAGAGUGGAUGGGACAAUUCGACAAUCGCGAGCCAAGAACAAGUUUUCCCUCGUAAAUUCAAGGAAGCCAAGGCAAAAAAUCGGUUCAAGCGACUACUUUGUUUAUAA